AGCCUAAGUCCUAGAGACUGCCUUUCAGAUGGUGUAAUAUACAUUUUUCCUUCAAGAGUCAGUACAGAGCACAGAAAUUGGCUCUUUAAGCACCUUAUUGUUUUGCACCAACAAACUAACUUCAACACACUGCAUUGAAAUGGCCAGCACCAAAUCUAAACUUGAGAAAUGACAUCACCAUGACAAAGAUCUGUGGCUCUGAGAGUGCAUUUUAAAGAUCUCAGCAAGCAAACAAAUUAAUCCUGUUUUGAAAGAGCAAAGAUGGGCUCUGAUACCUCCCAAAUCAAGCCAACAACUGACCGCAAACACGGGAGUCACCUAGAAACCAUGGCUAAAGUAAUGACUGAGAUUUUAACAUCCACAGAUAGUCGACACGUCCUCAGUGUUGGUGCUGACUCCUGUAUGAAGGUUCUUGACGUCCAGACGGGAAUGGUGAUCUCAUCUGUGAAAGCUGAGGAGGAGCAGAGGUGUUUCUGCUGGGACGGGAACUCAGUGCUGUGUGGGGGACAGUCUGGCGACCUCCUGCUGUGGGACCUGCUCAGCAACACAGUCACCCAGCGGAUCCCUGCACACUCAGGUACAGUACAGCUCGUCCACCCACAUUCUACAGCCCACCUGGUUAAAUGCCCAUCUAUGUGA